GGGUUCACAUUGCCUUCUUCGCUAAGUGUCGUAGGCUAGACUGUCAAGAGAUUUGGGAAACAAGCGAGACGUUUUCUUGAAAACAUUGAUAUUAAACACUACAGGAGAUCGUCGUGAGUUUGUUCUGCAGACUUUUGUUAAGUCUAACUUCACACCUGCACAGUGUGAAAUGUCAAGUGACACAUUUAUGGUGAAAUGAAACGAGAAGAGAAGUGAAAGUGAAACGUGGAAAGAGCUGGACGUAAAUCAACAGAGGAAAUCGCGGACGACUUGGAGGGGAAACCUUUAAAGUUGCUCAACAGCUCCCCACGACUUCCACUGUCGUCGUGACCAUGACGUCAACAGAACAUGUCUACUUCAUCUUAACUAAACGCCCUGAAGCUCCUGGACACCUCAAAGCUGGUAGCAUAUGUUACGCCCCUGAAAUCAAGUACAAGAGACGUGUGCAUUCCAACAAGGUAAAUGUUACCCCUUUUGACUCGCAAACAAACUUAGAUUAUGCAAUAGAUUUAGACUACAUGACGGAGCUGAGUGCGGAGCACACCGAGCUGCUGCUGGCCCUGCCGGAUGACAAAGAACGAUUGCAGUGGUUCCAAGAAAAAUCUGCUCUCCAAACUGCAGUAGGACUCUCUGAGGGCAAUGCAAUUAUUGUGCUGGAAGGAGAAGAUGAAAUGAAGGGCAUCAUCCGCUACGUCGGAACUGUGUCGGGACCAAAAUAUAAACGUCCUUUAGCAGGAAAGUUCUUUGGGAUUGAACUCCAGGGAGCAGACAAGGGGAAGGGGACGUGCAACGGGAGAUAUCUGUACAAAGAUUACUUCUCCUGUGAAAAAAAAUGUGCCGUUUUUGUUCCAUUCUCCAAAGUCAGACCUUUGGUUCCCAUUUCCUUGACUCCCACUGCUCCAGAGCCGCCGCCACAGCAACAACCAGAGGCGUUACUGCCGGGGGACAGAGUCACUUACUUCAUCGAAGAUAAAUUAGGCCAUGGAAUGGUGGUGGAUGUGCUGAAAGAGGACGGAGAGCGUUUUGUUCGGAUCUCAACGGACAUGGAUGAGAACGGGAAGAUGGGAGGUGAACUGAAGAUUCUACUACACUGUGUGGUGAAGGGAGAGGUGUCUGCAGCGGAGCCAGAGAAGAUGGACAUCGAUACGCCGCCGACAAAAUCAAAAGCUUCUGAUCCGGACACGCUGCUGAGUGUAAACUCUUUGGUGGAGGUGAAGUUGGCUCUCAGGAGGUCGUAUGGAAUCAUUCGCUGGAUCGGCAAUCUGCCUGAUAAAGAGCAAACCAUGGCUGGACUCGAGCUGGAUGAAGACAUGGGCGUGAGCGACGGCACCUUCAAGGGUGAACGCUACUUCUGUUGUCCUCCAAAACGAGGUCUGUUUUUGAAGCUGAGCUCCUGCCGUCCCGACUCACGUUUUCAGAGCUUAUCGGCCAAUCACAGUGAGAAGAUGCCUCAACUGGAAGACACAGAGGUAGCGAUGGGGCACAGCACAGGGAGACUGGAAACGGUUCCACCCAUCAGCACAGAGCAGGUGAGCCGCAUCCUGACCGGACGAAUGAAGGGGAUCCAAGGACACUGCAACUCCUGCUACAUGGACGCCGCCCUCUUUAGUUUGUUCUCCUGCUCCUCUGUGCUCGACUCCAUGCUGUAUAAAUCAACGGAACCUCAAGACGCCCCGAUUCAGCGAACGCUGCUCUGCGACAUUGUCAACCCCCUUCGCAGUAAGGGUUUUGUGGACGGCAGGUACGUGAUGAAGCUCCGACAGCAGCUGGAGAAACACGGCUACAGUCAUUCCUUCACCACGGACGAGAAAGACCCAGAGGAGUUCCUCAUUGUCAUCAUGCACCACAUUCUCUCCCUGGACCCUCUACUCAAACUCUCCGCCGGUGGUAAAGUGCAGGAAAGCUACUGCUAUCAGAUCUUCCUGGACCAGAACCACAGCCUGGUGCUGCCGACGGUGCAGCAGCUGCUCGAACACUCGUUCCACAGCGGACGACUGAAACUGGCAGAGGUUCCCUCGUGCCUCAUCCUCCAGAUGCCUCGCUUUGGAAAGAAGUUCAAGAUGUUUGACAAAAUCAUUCCGUCUCUGGAGCUGGACGUCACCGACCUCCUCUCUGAUGGUCCGCAGCAGUGCAUAAUAUGUGGAAACAUGGCCGCCGAGCAGUGCAACGACUGUUUUAAAGACCCUGUUUUCAGCUGCACGGGAUUCAAGGUCUUCUGUCGCAUGUGCUCCACUCAGGUGCACUCCCAUCAGCAGCGGCGAUCCCAUCGUCCGGCUGCUCUGGACGUCCCAAAAGAAUACGUGGGUCACCACUCGCCGCACACCCUGACCAGAGACAAACUGGAGCUGUUUGCCGUGCUGUGCAUCGAGACCAGCCACUACGUGUCCUUCAUCAAAUACGGACCAAGCCCCGAGGACUGGCUCUUCUUUGACAGCAUGGCGGACAGAGAGGGAGGAACAGAUGGCUUCAACAUCCCCGAGGUGUGCGUCUGCCCCGAGGUCGGCACGUACCUGGAAAUGCCUCCCGCCGAGCUGGCCAGUCAGGCGCCACGGGACAUGAAGGGUGUGGCCAAGCGCCUCUUCUGCGACGCCUACAUGUACCUGUAUCAGAGCACCAGCAUGUGCCUUUACCGCUGAGGUCGUUCAUGAGACGGCGUAAGAAUACAGAGCUGCCUUUUAGCUGCCGGUGUCAUUUCCUUGGGUUGAUUCUUGUACGGUCUGAUUUGGUUUAAUAGGUAAUUUAAUUUAUAUGAUGACACUGUUGUGUUGUGUGUUUCUCUGCAGUGUAGCUGGAGGUAAAUGUAACAACCGACGAUGAAAUUUGCACUAUGAAGACGAGGAAAUUGAACCAUAAUCACAGACAGUGCGCCGCCUCGUUGCGAAUAUCACUUUCUAUUGACAGUUUUUAUUUGGAGUUUGUACAUAAUUGCCGACAAAUGGCGGCUAUUAGCUUCUUUCAAAUGCCACUACUGUGAAUUACACAUGUGCAGUAGUGUGUAUUUGUCAUAAUUAUUGCUCAAUGAAGUCAGUGUCGCACUUUAUUUUGACUUGUUUUCAGGACAGACUACUUCAAUGAUCCCCCAGACAAAUUUUGCCCCGUCCUUUUAGUUAACAUUUGUGUGAAUACAUUAAGUUUCAUAAAAUUUUAUUAGGUAUUUACAGGUUAUGGCUGUAAAUGAGUUACUGGAAAUAUGCACAAAUCUUUAAAACGUGGGUGGUCCUACACAAGGUUUGGGACACACUGGUCUCGUUCAUACUGCACUGUAUCAGUAUAUAUAAAAAAAAAAAAAAGCGAAAGAAGAAUCUCUUUAACGUUGAGUAUUUUAUAUUUGAUUUUUGCUCAGGAAACGUACAACACGGUGAAUUGUAUGAUGACGUAAACACGGACGACGCGACGCACCCUGAGCUCUUGUGUGUGCGGGUGCAUUUCUGUGCUUGUUUGAAGGGAAACGAAACAAAAAUAGAUGUAUGUAUAUUUUUCACAAUACUGUGCAAAGCGACGGGCGAACCCACUUAUUUCCAAAUACUUUACUUCCUCAUUAAAGGGUCGUUUAGGGCGGGGACACGAGCUGUCAAUCUGUCAAGUCCGAAAUGAAUAAAUGAAUAAAAUGAUUUUUUAAUCUUU